CCCCCGAGUCAGAGUGUCUCGCUCAGUGUGUGCGCUUAGAAGCCGAUCCGCCUCGAGACCGACAGAGGGACGACAAGAUGGCGGAGUGAGCGAGCCGCGCUCGGGGGUGGGAAGAAAGCCGCGCGACUCCGACAGAAUUCCCCAGCCAACGGAAGGGCGACGAGGCUCAGACCCGCCGGAGAGGAAGACGACACGGCCGGUCGCUCCGAUUAACGGCAAAAAACAACAACAACAACAACAACAACGACGACGAAAAAACCCGUCGCUCCUCGGUCCAGGACGCCGCGCUGCGAGAAAGCGUCGAUUAAUUGAGGGGGGAGUUUAUUUUUUUUCCUCCCCCUUUGCUGUAGUGUCCUUUUCGCCACCAGAAGAGACCGGUCUGAGGGGGGGGGGGACUCCGACCGAUACGCUUCGAAAAGAGAGAAAAGACGUCGGCUGGGACGACGAGACACCCAGCGCCGCCGACACAAAAGACCUCGGCUUUAAUUCACUCCUCCAUCCCGAAAGCCGUCGCCUCACAGACCCAUGCUGUAAACCGACCCCCCCACCCAUCUUCCUCCUGCUUCCAAAAUAUUUUCCUCCCCCUCUCUCUUCUUCCGUUGCCUCUGUCCCUUUCCCUCCGUCCUCGACGCGCCCGUCGGCGGGACUCUUUUUAUGAUCUGCUAGCGAAGAGGCGGAAAAGGGCGGCGGAUCGGUACCCCGAAUAUCCUCUCUCUCUGUCUGCCCCGGCUCCCACGGUCUGCGGGGGACAUGGCCAGCACCAGCGGCUCCAAGGCCGAGUUCAUAGUCGGUGGAAAAUACAAGCUGGUCCGGAAAAUCGGCUCCGGAUCCUUCGGGGACAUUUACCUGGCCAUCAAUAUCACAAAUGGAGAGGAAGUGGCCGUGAAACUGGAGUCCCAGAAGGCCAGGCACCCCCAGCUGCUGUACGAAAGCAAGUUGUACAAGAUCUUGCAAGGGGGCGUCGGGAUCCCCCACAUCAGGUGGUAUGGCCAAGAGAAGGAUUACAAUGUCCUAGUGAUGGAUCUCCUGGGGCCCAGUCUGGAGGAUCUCUUCAACUUCUGCUCGCGCAGGUUUACAAUGAAAACCGUACUGAUGCUAGCAGACCAGAUGAUCAGCAGAAUCGAGUAUGUGCACACAAAGAAUUUCAUCCACAGAGAUAUCAAGCCAGACAACUUUCUAAUGGGUAUCGGGCGCCACUGUAAUAAGUGUUUAGAAUCUCCAGUGGGGAAGAGGAAAAGAAGCGUGGCUGUUAGUUCUUCUCAGGACCCAUCUUUCUCAGGAUUAAACCAGUUGUUUCUUAUUGAUUUUGGUUUGGCCAAAAAAUACCGGGACAACAGAACACGACAACACAUACCUUACAGAGAAGACAAAAACCUCACAGGCACAGCUCGCUAUGCCAGCAUCAAUGCACACCUGGGCAUCGAGCAGAGCCGCCGAGAUGACAUGGAGUCGCUAGGAUACGUGCUGAUGUACUUCAAUAGAACCAGCCUGCCCUGGCAGGGAUUAAAGGCUGCCACAAAGAAACAGAAGUACGAGAAGAUUAGUGAGAAAAAGAUGUCGACUCCUGUUGAAGUCUUGUGUAAGGGUUUCCCGGCAGAGUUUGCCAUGUACCUGAACUACUGCCGUGGGCUGCGGUUCGAGGAGGCGCCUGACUACAUGUACCUGCGACAGCUCUUCCGCAUUCUCUUCAGGACCCUGAAUCACCAGUAUGACUACACAUUCGACUGGACCAUGCUGAAGCAGAAAGCCGCCCAACAGGCAGCCUCCUCGGGGGGGCAGGGGCAGCAGGCACAAACCCCCACAGGCAAGCAAACUGACAAACCCAAGAGUAACAUGAAAGGUUUCUAAGCAUUAAGGUGAUGUAAUGAAGCAGAGCAGAAUGGUCGUAGCAGGAUUUGCCUUCUAAUCACUCCCCGGCAUCUAGGAUUUUAAUUCACAAGAACCUGCCAGGCAUUGUGGGCAACCAUUUUUUGCUGUUUAAGGACUUUCGUUUCAUAUAUUAUAUAUGUAAUCGGUAUAUAUAGAUAAUAUGCGCAGGCAUCUAUCUAUAUAUAGGUUUGUAUAUACUAUAUACACACUGAACAGGCUAUGUAUGGAGCCUUGAAGCUGUAGCCUUUUCUAUUGUCCUGUUCCAGAAGACUUGGGUGUCUCUCCCUGUUUCUUUCUUCAAGCUGAAAACUGUGUAAGUGGUUGGCUCACAGAGGAAUAUAAUUGUGCACAUGCCAAUUUUUCCCUGAGUUCUCUCUCCAGACUCGAACUGCUUGAGUUUGUCCCGCCCCUCUUCUUCGUCUCCCAUCGGAGAAGCUCGACCCCCCUGUCCCGUUCCGGCACGGCUCCGCUGCGAGGCGCGUUCCGAGGAGUCAGGCCUCACAGCAGGAUGUCAUAGAUUUUAAAUGCACCUUUUUUUUUUUCUUCCCUUUUUGUUCUUGACCUCAAGAGAAAUGGAAAGAUGUGAACCUUCCGGCAUCAGUUCACAUCCUCGUUAUCGAAUUCAUUGUUCAGAGAUUACUUAGCAAACAUCGGGGCACCUUUUUUUUUAAAAAAAAAUGGUAAAAUAAGACUCUGCCUGCUGAUACGCGCUAGAAUAAAAAAGCUAAUGUGAAGAUUUAAAAAAAUUCUAGUGACUACUAGGUUUCUCUUUAGAACGCUGCAUUAACUGUAUUGUACUUGGUAAACAGUUGAAAAAAUAAAACAGGCAUAUUCAUUACAGAUUAGGCAUCACUUCUUAACUAAACCUGUAUGUACAGUAAAUUGCUCAAGUAACAUAAUUGUACACAUUGAUCUGGGGUUUUCUGUUUGGACAUGUCAGCAUGUUAAUUGAAAGAAGUAAACGCCAUCUGUUAGAGUUGAUUUUAUUGCUGUGAUGGCCUCAGUGUUCUGUGAGACAAAAGAACAUGUACAAAGUAUUUUCGCCCCACUCACCUGGUAUCAUGCUAUUCUUUUUUUAUAUAUAUAUACAUUUUUUUAAAUCAGUAAAGGUAAUUUUUUUUCAGUUUUAUAGAGAUGUAUCUUUUCCCCUUUUUUUAUUUUUAUCGUUUUGAGGAAAGGGUUGUUUCUGUUGGUUUUUUCCUGCGGUGGAGCGGAUCCUCUUGUAAAAUAUCUCUGGGACUUUCUCUCUGCGACCGUGAAAUAUUGCGCUGCUGGGUUGAAGCAGCGCCUUUUUUUCUGUUAGUUUUUUUUUAUUAAUUUGGAAAAAACGUUGUUGGAGGGUUUUCUUUUCUAUUUACUUCUGAGUCUUGUGAAGAAAGCAAAGGUUAAUCUCAGCCUUUAGCCACAACAGAUUCACACCAGUAACUUGUUAGCUGGCUGUCCUUCUCCCUUAUUACUCCUCUGACCCAGCCUAAGAUAUUUUACUGCUGGAAUUCUAUAACAGUGUAAUUUAUUCCCUUUUAGCAUGUCAGAAUAAAUUAAAUUUACUUGUCAGAACCGCU